ACAAGGUUUUGUCAAUAAAUAACCCUUAAACUCAUACUAGCUGGUAUUUAUAAGAACCUUGUUCAAAAAUUUGACAAUGCUAGUCUCAUACAAGCCCACAAAAUAUUUAUAUAAACCCUUCUCUCUUUUUGUCAUCUUCAUCCUUCUGAUCAAUUCAUGCAUUGUUUAAUAAUGGACACUGAUAUUCAAGCCUCUUCUCAACUUCACAUUUUCUUCCCUUCCUUUCUUAUCUCAAGGCCACAUGAUUCCAAUUUUGGAUAUGGCCAUUCUGUUCGCGAGGCGAGGUGUGAAGUGAACCAUAAUCACCACUCCUCUCAACGCAACUCUCCUCUCCCAUCGUAUCCAAAGAAGAAAGUACUCUGGCAUCCCAAUUGAUAACAAUAUCCUUAAGUUUCCUUGUGCUGUGAUCGGAUUACGUACGGUAGGGAAUCGAAAAUACUCAUGCACUCACUUCUCCUGAAGAAAACUUUCAGUUUUUGAAGGCCCCUAACCAUGCUACAAGGUCCCCUUGAGGAACCACUGCAAGAAUGCAAACCAGAUUGCUUGGUGACCGACAUGCUCUAUCCUUGGGCUACUGCUUCGGCAGGGAAAUAUGGUAUUCCCACGUUGGUGUUUUAUGUAUUUAGUAUCUUUUCGUUGUGUAUAACAAUGUGCCUCGAGAUGUACCAGCCACCUAGAAAUAUUGAGUCUGAUUCUGAAACUUUUGUGGUGCCUAACUUUCCGGGUAAUAUCAAGUUGACGAGAAACCAAAUGGGUUCAAAAAGAUACUCCGAUUUGCUGAUGGCAUCAAGAGAAUUAGCAAUGAACAGUUAUGGCAUACUUGUCAACAGUUUUUAUGAGCUGGAAGGGACUUAUGCUGAUCACUAUAGGAAUGAAUUUGGAGUGAAGGAGUGGCUCAUCGGACCAAUUUCCCUUUACAAUAGGGGAAUUGAAGAUAAAGCUCACAGAGGGAAGGAAGCAUCAAUUGAUGAACACGAGUGCUUGAAAUGGCUCGAUUCCAAAGAACCAAAUUCAGUUGUUUACAUCUGUUUUGGAAGCUUGACCCAAUUCAACUGUGCUCAGUUGAAGGAGAUUGCAAUGGGGCUUGAAGCUUCAGGUCAGCAAUUCAUCUGGGUUGUGAGAAAACACAAUGAGGAAGAACAGGAUUGGUUACCAAAAGGAUUUGAGCACGAAAUGGAGGGGAAAGGGUUAACAAUAAAAGAAUAGGCACCACAACUAUUGAUUUAUUAGCAUCAAGCAACCGGGGAUUUGUGAUACAUGGUGGAUGAAAUUCAACCAUAGAAGGUGUUUGUGAGGCUGUUCCUAUGGUCACAUGGCCAGUAAUGGCAGACCAAUUUUACAAUGAAGAGUUGGUGACUGA